GGCAGCAAGGGCGCGAUGCAAGAAGCGACGGAAGGAGCGAGCGGGUGGGUACGCGGUCGUUGCGGUGUGCGGUGUGCGGUGUGCGGUGUGCGGCGAGCGGCGUACGGUGUACGGACGGCGCCGCGGCGUGCGGUGGCGCGGCGGUGCGACGGUGCGGCGGCGGCACAGGGCCGCGGGCUGCGGGCGGCGGCGGCGCGGGGCCCGGGGCCGGCCGCGCUCAGUACGCCGCGCGAGCCCGCCGCCGCCGCCGCACCGCCCGCAUCGAGCCCGCACGCCGCCAUGGAGCACUUUAUCGAGACCGUUCGCAAAUACCCCUGCCUGUGGAACACGACCGCCAUCGAGUACCGCGACCAGGAGCUGAAGGACGCCGCGUGGGCCGAGGUGAUGAAGGAGACGGACUUGUCAUCCGUGAAAGAAGUUAAACUGAAAUGGAAGAAAUUGCGAGAUAGUUACCGCGACGCGCUCAAGCGACAGAGCGAGAUGCUAGCGAAGGAUCCCGGCAACCCCGCCAAGAAGAAUUACCCGUGGAAGUACAUGGGGCUGAUGCAGUUCUUGCAGCCGUACAUGAGCAACCGCAAGAAGCCAGCCGAGUGCUUCCAGCCGCCACCCGCGCCCGACAACGGCCACGCGCAGAACGGCGUCGACGGGCACAGUACCGACGACUCCGAGUCCGAGGCUGAGUCCUCGCCCAAAAGGAAGAAUUGCGAGCAGCUGACCGUCAUCGACAGGAAACUCGACUACCUGUGCAAGGCGCAGAGCAAGAAGCAGUUUACCGAGGCCCAGUAUCAGGAGCGGAAGCGCGAGGCGCCCAUGCUCACCGUCGACCCGCUCGACAUUUUCUUCAACAGCAUGUGCCAGUCGACGAAGCGGUUCCCGUUCCCGACGCAGAUCAAGAUAAAGAAGACGCUGUUCAACGCCGUGAUAGAGGCGGAGGAGGCGCUGGUGGCGGAGCAGCAGAGCUACGCGAGCCUGUGGGCGCAGGGCGCGGGCAGCUCGUCGAGCAGCGAGGCUGGCGAGCCGGCGGACGAGGACGAGCAGAAGCCGUCCUGAGCCCGCCUCCGCCUGUACCCGUGGCUGCGGCAGCUGUACGCCAGCUACGCGCACUACGCCGCCGCCACCGCCGCCACCGCCGCUACCGCCGCCACAGCCGCCACCGCGCUGCCGCCGCACUAAUCACUCCUCGGCUCUCGGUGUGCAGUGCGUCGUCAGGUCAACACUGACAAGUGUUCAAUUCCACCGGACUACUUGACGUAGUAGUGAGAACACCAAAAACACUUUCUAGUCCUAAGCGUAAUAUAGAUUGUAAAAUAAACAUUUGGCAAGCAUUGUAUGUAGUUAUUACCGUGUACAGUUAAUUGGAAUAUUUAGUGAGCCGUAUUUAUAUGUGCGGGGCGUGAUAAACUGUGCAAAUGCACUUAACGCGUAAUAGGUAUUUUGGAUAGUGAAUAAUUUUAUACGAAUUUCCUAGACGAUAUUGUGUCAAUUUCCAAUAUUUUUAUUCUCGUUUCCGUUAAUUGCAGUGUUGGUAUGUUGUUCCGUCGUUGUAUUCCUGUGAGCGGUUUUCGUCUACACGUAUCUAUGGUAUUUAGGCAUAACAGUAGAUGGACUGCAGUUCAUGCAUCGCUCUCUGACAGGUUGACUGGUGCAUGUUGAGCUCAAGAAAAGUGGUAUGUGAUGUAGAUAUAUUGUAUACAAUUUGCUGUAAAUAAACAUUGGAAUGUCGAUGCGAAUUAAACAAAUUGUG